GUUCUCCAGAGAACAGGUGCAACUUAACGUGCAUGUAAUAUUCGAAAACAAAUUAACGACGCUGUUUAUUCAAGCCACAGAUUUAAUGCUAUCGUAGAAAAUUCAUUACGAUAGCCUACACUUUUGUUCUGUCAAAUUUAAUAAGUGAGGUAAGAUAACCUUUCAAGAUGCAUCGGGAAAUUCACACUUGAAAACCGACAAGAAAAUGCAACUGAACAGCACAGCGUUCAGCACGACGUUGAAACUUCGGGUACUUUGCUAUCUUGUCAUUUGCCCUUGCCGAGGUUGAAAUAGCUCAAGCUGCUCCGUAAGCGCGAUUUUUGCAUGCUACUCAACAAAAAAAAAAUUAUGACGACCUCGUCGUCAGGUGGGGAUCGAGCACCUCCUAGUACUGACAACUCGCAAAGGAGUACGAAGCAAACGUGAAAAUGCACUUCAUUUGCUGUGUAGCGUGUCAACAAACGCAUAGAAAUCGCAGAAUGGAAUCUGCAGUACAAGUUUUUUUAUUCUCCCUUCGCGUACGUACCGAAUUCGACAAUCCACGUAUCCACGCAUUGCACUUGUAGUGCGAGACGCCAUUUUCCAAAAUAAACCGGCGAAAUAGCUCUAUGAUAGCUCUCCGCGCAAUUUCGACGGAAAAUCGCAGCGAUCGCUGCGACUGUGCGACCAACCGGUUGGUCGCGGCCGAAAAUCGGGGGUCGGCACUGCGACUGCGAUUUUCGACGCAAACGACGGAAAUCGCACUUCCGGUGCGACGAAAAUCGCAUCAUGUGAAACAGGCUGAAGGCGGUGUGACAACGGCAUGACGACAAUGGGAUGACGUUUCUGUAAUGAUGACAGUGGUAAAAAUUAAAAUGACAGUGUGACGACGAAGGCAUGAUGACACUGGUAUGGUAACGACUGCGUGACGACGAUGGGGUGAUGACGACGGCAUGUCAACGGAUGCAUGACGGCGACGCAAUGACGACGAUGGCAUGACAGCGGCGGCACUAUCAAAAUUGAAUGACAACGGCAUGAUUACGAUAGAAUGACGAAGUACUGACGUCGGUGGAACGACGAAGGCGUUAUUGCAAUGGCAUGACGACAGUGGGAUAACGUUUAUGAAGUGAUGACUAUGUUAAAAUGGCAGCGUGACGACGACGACAUGACGACACUGGUAAACGACGACUGUGUGACGACGGCAUGGCGAGAAUUGGAUGACGAAGAUAGAAUAACGACGAUGGAAUGACCACGACGGCAUCAAGACUGUAUGACGAUGACAUGACAAUGGUAUGAGGAUAGUGCGAGGACGACGAGUGUAUUACGAGUAUGAUGUGCCGACAACUGUAUCACGAAGUCUGUACGACGACGAUGGCGUGAAGACGACAGCACGAUGAGAGUCUAAUAACGAGGCUGGAGUGAGGACGACUUAACGACCACGACGGCCUCACGUCGAAGAUAUGACAACGAAUGCAUGACGACUGUGUGAGGACGACGGCAUGACGAAAGUCGGACAACGAAGCUGGAAUCACAACCACGGAACGGCCACGACAGUGUCACGACCACGAGCACACGCUCUAAUACUCUUAUUAUAAUCUUAUUCUUAUUAUUUUAUUAUUAUUCUUAUAAUCUAAUAAUCUUAUUAAAACAAUUGUAAAACCACUUCUUCUUGGCCAGUCCUCUACAGUGGGUAACAUCCAUUGUUGGAAAAAAAAAAAGCAGAAGCUCGCUCGUGCUGCACGUGAACGGAGCGAACGCCUGGUGACAGCGAUCCCGGCGCUGAUGUGGCCGUUCGGUCAGUCGACCCGUGGUGGACGCUGAGCCGCAGCCGCAGCGUUGUCACCGCCUUCAGCAGUGUUGCCGUCAGCAAGGCUACUCCCUGCAAGCACCUACCGGCCGCAGCCAUGGACAGAAGAAGGGGACGACCGUCGUCGCGCCGCCUUGCUGCUGCCGCGCCCGAUGAGGUACGGCCAGAGUUACCCAGCCCCAUGGCACUUCCCCACCUGCCGAAUCCGCCUCCGCAGAGCGAGGUCGACGCACCCGUGGCCGAGAGCUGGUGCUACACUCACGUGAGAGUGAUUAAGUUUUCCUACAUGUGGACCAUCAAGAACUUCAGUUUUUGCCGGGAAGAGACGGGGGAAGUUCUCAGAAGCUCGACAUUUUCUGCGGGAGCCAACGACAAGCUGAAGUGGUGCCUAAAGCUGAAUCCUAAAGGCCUGGACGAGGGGAGCAAGGACUACCUGUCCCUGUUCCUGUUACUUAUAUCUUGCAGCAAGAGUGAAGUUCGGGCCAAGUUCAAGUUUUCCGUCGUGAACGCAAAGCAGGAAGAGGCUGAGGUCGUGGAGAGUAAAAAGGCGUUCGCCUUUGUUCCUGGCAAGGACUGGGGCUUCAAGGAGUUUAUUCGAAGAGACUUGCUCAAUGAGGCCACUGGACUCCUUCCAAACGACAAGCUUACAAUCUCCUGCGAGGUAUGUGUUCUUGCUAAUUCUGUGAACAUCUCCGGACAGAACAGCGUCAUCCAGUUCAACGUCCCCGAAUGCCGAUUGUCCAACGACUUUGGGCACCUCUUUGAGAGCCGCAAGUUUAGCGAUGUCAUCAUGAGCGUCAAUGGCCGGGAAUUCUAUGCACACAAAGCCAUCCUCGCGGCUCGCUCUCCGGUAUUUGCGGCGAUGUUUGAGCACGAGAUGGAAGAGAAGAAGCAGAGUCGAGUGGAGAUCACAGACAUGGACCAUGAGGUGCUACGUGAAAUGCUGCGGUUCAUCUACACUGGCCAAGCACCCAACCUUGACAGCAUGGCUGAUGACCUUCUUGUUGCCGCUGACAAGUACGCCCUAGAACGGUUAAAGGUCAUGUGUGAGGAGUCCCUGUGGUCGAAUCUAUCUGUUGAUACAGCUGCGCAGGUGCUCAGUCUGGCUGACAUGCACUGCGCUGGUCAGCUCAAAGCACAUGCCAUUGAUUUCAUCAACGCCAGACAUGCCACGCGUGUUGCAGAGACUGCGGGCUGGAAGAACAUUAUCCACCGGCAGCCGCACUUGGUCGCAGAGGCCUUCCAGGCGCUGGCCACCCAGCAGGUCCCGCCCAUAGAGCCACCCCACAAGCGCUUCAAGCAGUCCUAGGCACAAACUACAGAAACUGUUCCGUGUGCUGGAGCAAAAUGCUAUGUAGCAUUCUUACUGACUUUUUUUUUUUCGCCCAGACCAUUUGAUAGCCUGGUCGUCGUAAGGACCCGCAUGGUCACCUUGUAAACUCUGUCUUGGAAGGGGGGUGGGGGUGAUAUAAAAUUCUUCUUCUUCUCAA